ACUACGGAAAGGAGGAGAAUAAACAGGGACUGACUGGUCCUUCCAGAAGGAAAUGUUGAGCCUCUGCAAGACUUCUCAUUUAGAGUCUGUUAUAUUAUCAUUUCAAAAUACUGUUAUUAAUUUCUGAAUGUUUCGCCUGAUUGAACGCCCCCCCGAACAUCCACCAACCCAUCUGCAAGGAAUACGUCAGGGCGGUCAAAAGCAUAAUGCAACGUCAAGACUCGUGUAGGGAAAAACACCGAUUGCUCAACAUGGGGACUUCCAGUUUCUAAAUCGAACGCGCAUUGUUUACGCUCUUUGUGAUUGCACAACUGUAAUACGUUGUACUACAGAUCAAACAGUCAAAUCGUCAAACAACUUCCCUUUGAGAGGACGGUGGUUAUGUUAAGGUUUUAUAGUUGUAGUAACUACUAUAUUUGCCGGAUAGUUUGUUUUUCUUCUACCAUUCAUAUUGACAGGUCUGGGAAUUCCACAAUGCCAUCAUGGGGUCUACGGCUGUGCUGCGGCAUCCUAAUCAUGCUGUCUACAGCCAGACUUUGUGCAGCAGAAUAUAAAGUGUGCCCGCCCGAAUUUGAAACUAGUAUUCAUGAAACCUUUGGCGUUUCAAACUAUCUUCAAAAAUCAGCCUGGCAACGAAUUCCUUGUCUAUCGUUUCGUCGCGAAGAGGCACUUGACGGCGUCAUUUGGUACAAGGGAUCCAACAUUAAUGACCGAUCCAAGAUUCGUCUUAUCAGCCGUGAUCUUCGUGGUGACGGUGUCAAAGACAUCCCUUCAAGUGCCAGAUAUUCCUUCUCGUCUGAUUCCAGUCUCGUCAUUAAAGGUGUCGAGGAGAGUGACGAAGGGAGCUAUAUUUGCCAAGUCAUUCCUCAAAUCACUGACAGCAGGGUUGAGAAGAUAGACGUGCAAGUCAUAGGAGAAACCUUCCCUGCGCAUGCCAGUGAUAAAUCGUCCACUACCAGUUUCCAACGAGGGCGCAGACAGAUGCUGCCUUGCCAGUGCGCUGCAGAAACACCUGUUCCACACAUAUCCGCAGUGUACUGGUCACGGGGAGAGGGGGUCACUGAACAUACAACAAUCAUCGGUGUACGUUUCUCCGAUGAUGCAUUUGUGCAGAUCCAAGAUCAUGCUGAUUACACCAUUAGCAGCAAGGCUUCAUUGAUAGUCUAUUUUCCCACCGAUGGCAUCGGUAACCAACGGUUUUGGUGUCACGUAUUUAUGUCCGACAAUACGCAGAGUCACUGCCACAUCGAUGUCCGCUGGUUAGAUGAACAGAAACCCGAUACUGCCCUUAAAGCUUCUGAGUCGUCAUUCUACUUGCUGGAAGGAGAAGAGCAGAGCAUACCAUGCUUGAGCUUUACGGGAAGCUCAGUUUGUGAGAUUGAGUGGUUCAAGAUAGACAGUGCAGGUCAAAAUCUUCUUGCGUCAAGAAACGAAUUUAAUGCAGAUUCCAACUUCGAUCUUGCUAAUGACUAUGGAUUGGUCAUAAAAUCUGUUGAUGCUAGCCAUGCUGGAAGAUACCGGUGUCGUGCAGAUCAAGGUCUUAGUGAAGAAACGUCUGUCUAUGUUAUAGGAGAUAAAUUUCAACUAGACGGUAGUAAGGUGUUCGUAUAUUCAACAAUUGACUAUGUAGUUGGGAAAAACAACACAUUAACGUGCUCAGGUGCAUCAAAUGCGACUGAGAUCCAAGGUGGUACAACUAUAAUCUGGUCAUUUGGCACACCAACCAAACAGACUACUACUACAGUAAUUGGAAGGCUGGCACUACCAGAGCGUUCCAAAGUGAUGUCUGGUGCUGGAGACAAAGCCUGCUACAACAUCUCUCCAGAAGGCUCUCUUCUCCUGAACAAUUGCUCCCAAAAUAGUGACGUCAGAUACUGGUGUCAUGUGUUUUUUGAACACGGUCUACUUAUUAAGUCGUACGUGGAUGUUCUAAGUAAUGAGCCUGAAACUGCUGGAAAAUUUCCUAUAGUCGUCAUUGUCAGCGUUAUUGGCGUUCUCGUUGCCCUGAUUGCCUGUGCCCUGAUAUGCAGGAAAAUGAGGAGCAGCCAUUCGACGAUGAUGGAGACCGAGUGCAAACUGAAGGUUCUUUUUGGACCUUUGGAACAAGAUGUACGAAACUUUGUUCACCGUAGAAAGGAUACAAUACAAAUGCUGCGAGAGACUGCAGAUCACCUGACCGAAGUUCAUCGUGAAGCAGAAAAGGCCAAGCGUGGCGGUGGUGUAGCAGGCCUAACUGGUACUGCGUUAGCAAUCACUGGCAUCGCUGCCUCAUUCUUCACUUUCGGCACUUCUCUCUACCUUGCUGCUGCUGCUGCAGCCCUGGAUGCUACUAGUGGAGCCCUCAUGGUAGCAGGUCAUUUCAUACAAGUAAAAUCUUCAAAUGACGCAGAGAAAAAGGUAGAAAAGAUACUGAAAGAUGACUCGGAGGCAAUGGAAAAAGUUGAACAUCGUCUGGAAGAAAUUGAAUCCGAUAUAAAUGAAUUUAGCUCACGUGGACAGGUGGCACUGAAAACUGCUUCUUCAGUUUUUGAGUUUGUAAGGGUGGGAAGGGUGGUUGUUAGCGCUGGAAAAUCUGUCGGGCAAUCAGCAUCUAAAGUUGCAUUUACAUUUGGAAAAGGAUUGGCCAUUGGCAGUGCCCUCUUGUCCUUUGUUUCAGUGCCCUUGGACUUGCACACUGUGAUUACGUGUUCCGAGAACCUUAAAAACAAUACAAUACCUGAGUUAGCCAAGUCAAUCAAUGAAUUGGUAACAAAAUUGACCGAGGACUGUCCACAAGAACAAGACAUAGAGGUUGUCAUAAAUGAUAUGAGGGUCAAAUUUUGUGCACCUAGUAAGCAGAAAACAAACUGUUGCAAGUGUUUGUGCUGAGCAAAAAUGGUAAUGUAUGAUACAAAUUGCAUUAUGUGUACGUCUUUUGCUGGUGACUCAUUUAUGUUUAACAGCUUUACGACAUUGGUCUCAGAAAACAAGUGGUACCAGGGCCGUUAUUAAGUAUGCUCGGGGUUAAUAUAUUUAGGAAUAAAAAUGGAGCUUCUCAUAUUAUUCCAUGUGAUAUUUGCACCAAUAGUUCGUUUAACCAAGCUUAGUUUUGCUUGGGCGUCAAAUUAGAAAUUAAACAUGAUUGUUUCAGUAAAUCAAUCUUCUGCAAUCAGUGAAUCUCCGCCUAAACGUAUUAAUAUUACACGUUCAAAUAUCAUCAAUAUCAAAAUAUAUGCAUUUGUCUAGUGUUUAGAACACAGUUGAGCGUAUAAAAAUAACGAAAUGAUACACAAUCAAGCUAAUUUGCUAUUCGUAUUGAUAAAUUCAAAUGUAAUUUGCCAUUCAAGUCAGUUUUAAUGCAGUGUAGAAGCUGUUUUCGUUCGCUUUGAGGGGGACUACAAUAAUUUAAGAGAAAGUAAAGAACUCCACACUGCACAAAGGUGCCAAACGCUUACCUCCUCUUCCAAAGGUUUUCUGAAGAAGCGCUAAUCAUUCAUUGAUUGGACCAAUCACAGCCAUGAGUGUUAGCCAAUGAGAGUGAAGUGGUUUGACCAAUUAUUUGAAAGGUUAAGGCACUGGAAACAUGGAACGCCAGUUCCAGGGGCAAUUGCACGUGUGGGCGGUCACAGCAAGUUGUGAGAACCACUUGUCUUUGAGUUUCAUCCACUACAUAUAUGUCCGAAUAUACUGGAACUAUUUCGAUAAAAAAGGGAACCACUAAGCAAGUUUGGCUUCAUACAGCUCACCACUGCCUUUUUGCAAAGCUACUUAAAUCUGUAGUAUAUGUCUUAAUUAAGACUGAAAGCUAUUGACUUAAGAGUGUUCAUUUGGAAUAUGUUACCAUAUCCACUGAAAACAUUAGUUGGUCAUAUUGCACUGAUAAUUUGUCAAUUAAAAAAAAUAAAAUUAGUUUUAAAAGAACUGGCUAAUUGCCUACAUUCAAAAGACUAAUCGGAAGUCUUUUGACUGAUCGAUGUUUUGAAAUCAGAUUGGCACGUUAGGUUAGAUAAACCCCACUAGAACAAGAGGGUGCUUGGCGUACCCGUCCUAAGAUUAAACACAACAUAUUAAAAGGCAACAUACAAGUUCAAAGUUUAACAUAAGUCAAAGUUAACCGUAAGACAUAUUUUCAAAUUAAAGUUGGUUACCAUUUUAGCUUGAAUUACGGCACUGCCUGUCGCUCCCAGCUAAUUCCCAGCCCUGACGACGCUUGAUAAAAAAUCUUAGGUCAGGCAUCACCCACGGAUAUAAAUAGAAAUGACGCAAGGGUCAGGGAUUACAGACUGAGAGCCCGCUUGUUUUUUUAAACUCGUUAUUGGCAACGUCUCAAACAUGAGGUUGUUCCCAUAUCUAGAGGGCAAUACUGCAAGUGUGUCCCCACUGAGAGUAUGUCUCGGGCACAAAGCCUGCAUUGGUCGAAAAAAGUUGUAUUCCUGCAUUUCGGCUAAGGCGACCUUCGAUUCAGUGUAUAAAGUCAAAUAUUGUAGGAUCAACGGUUGCCAUUAAGAUACGGGAGCUUACGUUCAAAAACUAGCCUAUUUACUAAUAGCCAGAAAUAACCGAGCAUCAACGGUACCACCACAUUCCAAAUAUAACUUUGGGUGUAAAGUUUAUAAAUCGAAGACAGAUGGCAACCUUAAUUUAUUGGCCCUUGAUAUUGAGAUUACUGAGUUUUGUAUAACACUCAAUAAUUUGUAUGGGCCUAACAACGACGAGCCUGCUUUUUAUGACCAUGUUUCGGAUUUUAUAAGUGAUUUACAUAACAUCCACAGGAUUUUAAGUAGGGGUUGGAAUUUGAUUUUAGAUGUAAAUUUACACUAUGUGAACAAUAUGCACAUUAACAACCCCGUUUCUAGAAACAGGGUAUUACAAUUAAGUCAUGAUUUGGAUUUGGUUGAUGUGUGGAGAAUUUAUAAUCUUGACCUCCGUAGAUAUACAUGGAGACAGUAUUGACUCUCUUAAGCAAUCUAGAUUAGACUUCUUUUUAAUUUCAGCCGAACUUAAUUCCAAGUUGAUUAGCUGCGAUAUUGAGCCGGGUAAUAGGUUAGACCAUUCCUUAAUUGAUAUCCAUCUUGAUAUUAAUAAUAUGGAACAAGGUAAUGGUUAUUGGAAGCUUAACAAUUCUUUGCUUUGUGAUCCCACUUAAGCGGGACCAGCUGAAACUACUACACGCGAAGCGGUAAGGGAUUAUUUAGCUUUUCAUUACCAAUCUAAUAACCUUUAAAAUGUUCACCCAACGUGUGUGAAGGAAAUAUCUUGAGGCAGUGGAAGCUGGUGGAGCUUCUCAGUUCGCGUCAGGUUAAAAUGGAGGGUGUCUUAAUCAGGUCCCAGACACGAUAGAUGGAGCAGGGCAAAAAGCCUUCAAAGUAUUUUCUUAAUCUGGAGAAACGCAAUUUCGUUAAAUUAACAAAUAUAUUUGUCGCAUUGUUAAAGAGGACAAUUGUACUUUGACUUGAAGUGAGGAUAUCCUUGUAGAAGCGAGAGAAUUUUAUGAGAAUCUUUAUUCUUUUCGUGGAAUCAAUGUCAAGGUUGACUUAAAGCGCGACCGCAACCAUGGCGAAAGAAAAUAGGGAAUACAGUUUAAUAUACUCACGUGGUAUCUAAGUAUUGAGUUAUAUAUGUAAAGUGGCACUGUGACUUCUCAGUAAAUAGUAAUAAUGCUGUAAAAAAUAUGGACCAAUUCUGCUGGUUUUAUCAACAACUUUCCACGUUUGCACCGUUGGUGGCGCCACGCAGAAAAGCCUUUUUGAUGAGGUACCAUCGUGGAAACGAAAAAGGUUAUGACUUCGCAGGACCUGUUUUAGUGGAUAUGUUUUCGUCCAAAGGCCUAAGCUGCCAGCCUAGCCUUACACUUUUUCGGAAUAAAGUAACAACAUAAAAACAUUGAAAAGAUCUUUCCUUCACUCUGACUUACCAGGACGUAUUUAUCAAAUGAUCUUGGUCUCCUUCACCGCCUCGUUCACCAGCUGUAGCCCCAUUGUCAGCACAAUUCGUUCAAAGCGGUAAGGCUCUGCGCCUCGUAUUUAGGACAGUGUAUAACUUAACGACACGCGUGUUACCAUGCUACGUGUAGUUAUGUUCAGUGAUGUGACUGCGCCCGCUCAGCAGUGCGUACAUACACUCAGCCGGAGAACCGUUUCCACGAUAUUGCAUCGACAAAAUCCUGGAAAAGCCGUUUUCAUAAGAUGUAAAUGAAGCAAUGACGACACGCUCCUUUUCGCGAAAGCUAGCCAUGGUGUUCGGCAGAAACGGGUCUCAAAAGUGAGUUUUUGAAAUCCAAAAUAUUGUUGAAGCAGAUUUUAUGUGGUAUAGUUGUGUACUACGGCCAGAUUUCUUUUUCUUUUUCCACCGUUGGGGUUGCGCUUUAUUUCUGAUUUUUGUUGAGGCUGGAAGAAAUGUCCUUACUAAAGAUAUGCAGGAUCGCAUUGAAGGUCCAUUAAUUUAUGAAGAAAAUUACUUAAGCUUUGAAUGGUUGUAAAAAUGGAAAAUCGUCUGGCUCUAACGGUUACGAAUUUUACUAGUUUUUAGCCAUGAUUUACAGUGGUUUCUUUUAAGGUCUUUGCAUUUUGCGUAUGAGUCUGGUCAGCUUUCGGUGACCCAGAGAAUUAGUAUCAUUACUUGUUGCCGAAAGGGGAUAAACCCCACCAGUUUUUGAAAAACUGGCGACCUAUCGCUUUGUUUAAUAGCGCAUCUAAAAUUGCCUCUGCCUGUAUUGCAGAGAGGCUGAAACAGUGCCUUAGCAAAAUUAUUCAUGACAGUCAAAAAGGCUUUAUGGCAGGGCGCUUCAUUGGCGAAAACAUCCGUGUGAUACAUGAUUUACUUCAUUUUACAGAGACUAAUGAUAUUCCGGGUAUCAUGCUCUCUAGUGAUUUUGAAAAAGCUUUUGAUUCGGUUUCACAUUAUUUUAUUUGGAUAACUUUAACUUUGGUCCAUCAAUUAUUAAAUGGAUUAAACUGUUUUAUAACCACGCCUCCUCUUCAGUUUUCGUUAAUGGAUAUCUUUCAGAAUCAUUUAUGGUAGAGCGAGGUUGUAGGCAAGGUGAUGACUUAAGCCCUAGUUUGUUUCUUUUAUGUGCUGAGGUUUUCCCCUGAUGUUAAUUUAUGACCAGAAUGUACAAGGUAUUAAAGUAGGCGACAAGGGAUUCCUAACAUCCCAAUAUGCUGGUACAGAGAGAUCUAUGUAUAAUGCGUUUUGUAUUUUGGACUGCUUUGAAAGUAUGUCAGGGUUGCAAGUGUCGAUAAAACUGGUGUUGUUUGGAUAGGUUAAAAAAGAACGCUCCUCAGAUAGAUUGAGUGAGGUAAUAAUGACACUUUCAAAAUAUUAGGUGUUACUUUCUCCACCAAUCUGAAGUCCGUGGUGUUGAUUACAGGCACAGUUCUAUGUCCAGACUAACUUUACUGAAUAUGGUGUGGUCUUAUUUAGUUAAGGUUGCUUAUGGUGAUUUGUUGACGGAUAAUAACAAUAUUCCCUUUCUCUUUAUUCUCUUCCACAUGCAUGUUUUCCUGUCCCACAAAAAGGGCUCUCGGAGACUAUACGACUUUUUUUUCUCAGCAAAACUGUAGCUAAAAAGUUUGUAAACAAAUGGGAAAGGCAACUUAAACUUCACUAUGACUUGGAUGUUUGGUUUAAGGUCUUUGUGUUCCUUUCAUGUGUACAUUGGACUCUAAGCUGAAUGGUUUUAGUAUAGAUUAAUCCCCAGAAUCCUUGGAACUCAUUUGUUUUAUGUAAACUUCAUAAGUUGGAUUCCAAUUUUUGUACCUUUUGUAAAAAUGAAAAGGAAACCUGUAUCCACCAUUUGUGUAACUGUAAUUAUCUUAAUUCUUUCUAGAGCUCAAUAGUAGAUAAGAGUAAGGACAAAACCAAGAUACAGCUUGUAAUAGACAAUAAACUUUUAUUGUUCGAUAUUGUUGACAGUAGAUUCAAAUACUCUUAAUCUUAUCCUUCUGGGUGCCAGAUUUCACAUUUAUAAAAUGGAAAUGAACAGCAAACGUCCGUCUUUAGAAGUUUUGAAAAAGGACAUCCAGUGGUAUUAUCAUUGUAAAAAAAAUAUUUGGUUGAAAUGGAAAAAUUACUCUGCUAUCUGUGAAGUCUAAUACGAACUUUUGCAGUUUGGAGCCAAAAAAAUGAAA